UAAUCGUUAUAAUCUUUGUUCGACAAUGAGAGAUUGAAAGAUGAGAAACUUGAAAGAGAAACAUAUGAGAAAACAAUGUGAUAUGCAUUAUGGCCGAAAGUUGAACUUUUGCAACAGUUAUUUUUUAAAAUAAGAUUUCAAUUCAGUUGUUACAUUCAUUGUUUAGCAGGUGUUAUAAGAGUGAAAAUGUUUUAACUAAAAGUAAUCUAACAAGUUAAAAGAUAAAAUAUUUUAUUUUUUCAAAACAAGAAUGUCAGUUUUAGAUUCAACAGUAGAACUUGUGCAGUUGUUAGAAAAUUGGGAAGCUGAAAAUGGAACUAAUGCUGAUCCUGCUUUCAAACACAUACCUACUCUUACCAGAAUUGCUGAGCUAGUAGAAAAAGAAAUGGAAGCUUAUUUAAAAAUGGAUCCUGAUCCUUUUGAUGACCGACAUCCAAGUCGAGCCUAUCCAGAUUGCACAUUAGGACAUCUUUUAAAAAUUCUUUUUAAAAAUGACAAUUUCAUGAAUAAGUUAGUAAAUAACUACAUUAUGCAUCGGGAUAGUCGCGACUUAAAUACAGUUGGUUGCCGCCUGCUUUUAGAUAUUUUGCCUGGAUUGGAAACAUCGGUUGUCUUCCAAGAUACCGAUGGCUUGGUUAAUAGACUGUUUCAAUGGGCAGAAAAUUCUAGUAAUCCUUUACAGUCUUAUGCAACUGGCUUAUUAGCUGCUUCUAUGGAAGUACAAGAUAUUGCAGCAAAUUUUAGAGAACAAAAUUCCCAUUUAGUGCCUGUUAUGUUAAAAAGGUUACACGAAUUAAGUAGUAAAACAGAAUCCAGUCAAAAAGAUGAAAAUUUUUCUAUUAGUGAGCGUCCAUUUUCAAUAGUAAAUAAAGAAUCUCAAGACAAACUGCCUUCCCAUAUUAAUAAAGAGAAGACUGUAGACAAUCUUUCUGAAAAAAGACGGCGAUCCUCUUCCUUAUCUCCUGCUCGCACUACCUCACCAUUCAGUGCAGGAUGUGGAUCGUUGGCAUCUUUAAAUGAAUGUUCUAACAGCAGUUGGGCAGAGUUGGAACAUUUUAUGAUUGGAUCACUACAGAUGUAUCCAUUAACUGCCGAAAUGCAACAGAGGUUCAUUCUACAGUAUUUAACACCUAUGGGUGAAUAUCAAGAGCUCCUCAGUUAUGUAUUUGAACAUAAUGCUUUAUCUUUAAUUCUACAUUAUGUUAAUCUCAAAGAAAAUCAUGAUGUUCGAUUAGCAUUUGAAGCUCUUAAGUAUCUCGCAGCACUUUUAUGCCAUAAGAAAUUUGCAAUUGAAUUUAUAAAUGUGGGAGGAUUACAAAAAUUACUACAAGUAUACCGACCAUCAGUAGCAGCUACAGGUGUUUCGAUAUGCUUGUAUUAUUUAGCCUACAGUGAAGAUGCAAUGGAAAGAGUUUGUUUGUUACCUCGAGAAGUACUUGGAGAAUUAGUAAAAUAUGCCUUGUGGUUAUUGGAGUGCUCACAUGAUUCUAGUCGAUGUCAUGCCACUAUGUUCUUUGGAUUAACAUUUGCAUUUCGUGUCAUUUUAGAAUUAUUCGAUCAUCAUGAUGGAUUAAGAAAAUUGUUCAAUGUUAUCAGUACCUUAAACAUUUUUGUAGCUGAAUCGGGACUUCAGCCAUUGCUGAGUGAUGAUCAAGUUUUUGCUAGUCGUCAAACUGCCCGUCACGUGUGUGUUGCCUUAAGAAGAUACUAUGAGACUCAUGUUGCUAUUAAAGCUGAACAGUUAGGAAGAUCUCAUUCCAGAAACCAGGGUUAUUCACCACAUCCUCCAAUUCCACCUUAUAAAGCUGCCCGCUACAGUUCUGAAACAGUACAAGAGAAUAUCGAAUUAAUACUAGAGUUUAUGCCUGUGCGUAUGAAAUGGGAACCAGUUGAUGAAUUUUUAAAACUGGGAGGUGUGUCAUUAUUAUUGAAACUCAUUGCUAUGUCAUAUGAAUGGAAUACUUCUGGAAGGGCCGAUACAAUUAAAAGUGCUCUUGAUGUCCUCACUAUAUGUUCUGUUACCCCAAAAACUCAACUUGAUCUUACAGAAAGUGUUCAAGUUGUCGAAAAUCAAAAUCCUGUAGGAUUGAGUAUUGUUCUUGCAGCAGCAGAAGGUGAAAUUGUCUCGGAUCCAGAUGUCCAACGAUCAGCUUUAAAUGUCAUUAUAAAUUGUGUUUGUGGUCCAAUGUCUCGAAUGAGUGGUUUACCAAGCAAACCUUCCGGAAGUAAUAUUAAGAAAAAGUCAUCAUUACGAAGUGGAGAAGAUUUACUUAGUAAGAUGUGGAAUUGUGUUCGAUCAAAUAAUGGAAUUAUGAUUCUUCUCAAUUUAUUAAUGGUGAAAACUCCAAUAACUGAUGCAGAUUCAAUCCGAACUCUGGCUUGUAAGGCUUUAUGUGGAUUGGCAAGAUGUGAAACAGUUAAGCAAAUCAUCAGUAAACUUCCACUUUUUACAAAUGGACAAUUACAAGUCUUAAUGAGAGAACCAGUAUUGCAAGAUAAAAGGCAAGAGCAUGUCAAAUUCUGCAAGCAUUGCCUGGAAUUAAUAGAAAGAGUGACUGGUGCACCAUUAACAACAGGAAUUGAGUCUUCCAUUUUAAAAAUUAAUAAAGCAGAAGUUGUGGCACAGACAAAAAUUGUAUUUAAUGAAAAAGAGUUAUUGCAGUUGAUACAACAGCAUUUAAUGAAUAAAGGUUUUACAGAUUCUGCAGCAACUUUGCAGAAAGAAGCAGCACUUCCAUCCACUAUAUUAAGGGUAACGUCAUCAUCACUUCAACCAGUUACCACAGUUAGUAAAAUGUCAAGACCCAUUAGCACAUCCGGUAACAUAUGCCAUCAAACGAGUUCCAUUCUAUCACCAAAUUCCACAAUAACACAUCUCCCAAUUUCUAAUUCGUCCGUACUUCUUGAGCGACUUCAGUCAAGCGGAACUGGAUGUACUAGUCCUUCAGUUAAUUAUUCAUCUCCAAAUUUACAAAUUAAAAUUCAUCAUCCACCAUCAAGGUUGCAGUGUGUAACACCAAAAUCGAUCAAAAAUUCUGCUCUGCAGAAAUCUCAAAGUUGUUCUGGAGAAUAUCAACCAACUCCUGUAAUGAAACGUCAGUCACAAGCUAAAGCAGUUUCGAUAACGUCGGCUUCAUCUUCGUCUACAACAACAAUCACUUUAGAUUCAAUAAUUACAGAGUAUUUAAGGAAGCAACAUGCCUUAUGCAAAAAUCCUGUUGUGACUUGUCCACCAUUUGAUUUAUUUGUACCACAUCAAUGUCCUGAACCUCAAUACAGAAAUUCUGCCCCAAUGAAUAUUUCAGCAAGGUUACAAAAAACAAAAAUAAAUCCACCAUUUGGUGGAUAUGAUGGAGCAACAAUGAAUAGAAAAUUUGUUUACAGUAGGUUUCGUCCUGUUAGGACUUACAGAGAUGCAGAAGGAAGUAGUAAUUUUACAUGCUGUUCAUUUUCUAAAACAGAUCAAUUUUUAUUUUUGGGAACAUUUGUUGGCGAAUUAAAAGUUUAUAAUAUUCAUACAGGAAGUGAAGAAGUAACUUAUGCAUGUCAUGAAUCAGAGCUGACACAUUGUGAACCAUCAAGGGAUGGAAAAUUGUUGUUGACAUCGUCGGCUUGGAGGCGUCCUCUGUCUGCCCUGUGGACUUUUACCGAUACCUUUGAAAUGAAGCACUCUUUUGAGGAGGAUUAUUAUAUGGAAUUUAGCAAAUUAUCACAAGAAAGAAUUGUAGGAACGAAAUAUGAAACUGCUCAUGUGUAUGAUACGGCAACGGGUCAGCUAAUAGUGACAUUACGCGAUCCAGAUUUAUGUAACAAUUACACAAAAAACCGAGCCACUUUCGAUCCGUCUGAUGAGCUUGUUCUUUCUGAUGGAGUUCUAUGGGAUGUGAGGAGUGGAAAACACAUACACAAAUUUGAUAAAUUUAAUCCUCAUAUAAAUGGUGUAUUUCAUCCAAAUGGAUUGGAGAUAAUAUGCAACUCUGAAAUUUGGGACCUAAAAACUUUUCAUCUUCUUCAUACUGUGCCUGCAUUGGAUCAGUGUCAAAUUACAUUCAAUCAUAUAGGAGAUGUUAUUUAUGGAGCAAUGCUAGAAGAAGAGGCAGAAAUAGAUGAAGAUCAGCUGAAAAGUCCUUAUGGUUCUUCAUUUCGUACAUUUGAUGCAACUGAUUAUUCAAGCAUCGCCACCAUUGAUAUUAAAAAGAAUAUAUUUGAUCUUGCGACCGAUCAGUCUGAUUGUUUCCUUGCAAUAGUUGAGGUAAUUUUAUUUUAUUUUAUUUAUUAAAAUAAUUUUUAAUGUAUACAAGUCAAAAAGUCCCCGGAAUUUACCUACAGUUAGAAAAUGCGAUAUAAGAUAAAGUUAUGCAUUGCUUUGGUGGAAGGCUUAGCAUGUCUGUUCGCAGUGUAAUAAUGCUCUUGCAAGUUUAAACUUGCACAGUCAUUACUCUAGCGUCUUUGUUGGUUGUUACUGUUUAUCCUUUGGUGUAAUGUCUCAGUUUGAGCCGCGUGCAAACAUCAAAUUCAUGUGCAAAUUGGGGAAAAACUGCUGCAGAGACACUGUCGACUCUGCAGCAAGUUUAAUCGACAAGUGGCAUGGUCAGUGGUUUCUCCAUCAUGACAACACACCAAGUCACACAUUGCUUGUUGUGCAGCAAUUCCUUGUCGACAAAAGCGUUCCUUUUAUUUAUUUGUCGAAACUGUGUCUUCUUCUUGUUUCUUCUAAUUCAAUGUCAUGACUUGGUGAAUUUAUUGACACUUGGCAAAUACAUGACAUGUAAAAUAUAAAAAUGAGCAAAAAUUACAGACUUGCAAGCAUAGAUAUAAUAAACAUGUACCGUUUGAUAACCUGGAAUCUAAUAGAAAGUACACUAAAAAAGAUUGAAACAGAGGAAGAAAUGGAUCUAAUAGAAUUCAUAUACAGGAGUAAUUAUUUCGAAGUCAACAAUAAGUUCUACACACUUCAGGCAUAAGCAUGGACUCAAUCAUAGGCCUGAAGCUAGCAGAACUUGUUAUGGUAGAUAUAGAUCAAGCAAUCAAAAAGAUUACAAGCAUAAAGUUCUAUAAGCGAUAUGUGGAUGACAUAAUUAUACUAUAUGACCAAGAAAUAACAAAAUUAGAAGAAACAGAAGAAAAAAUAAGCAAAUUAAAUGAUAACAUCAAAUUCAAGGUAGAAAAUGAGGCAAACACAGAAAUAAAUUACCUCAACAUUAAAAUAACCAUAAAGGCAAACAAGAUUGAAUUUGAGCCAUACACAAAACCAUGCAAGAUCAGGAAAGUGUUAAAACUACAAUUCCAACAUUCCACAGUACAUAAAAGAAAACAUAUUCAUCACGGAGUAUAAAAAAAUCGAGAGCAGAACAAGCUCAGAAGAACUGCAGUUUGUUGAGGUGUUUUUUCUUCAAGAAGAAGAAAAAAAUACCUCAAUGAACUGCAAACUAAAUUCCUAUUAAACAGCUAUCCAAAAUGAAUAAUAAAUAACUGGGAAAGUAAAAUCAACAAUAAAAGGCUGGAAAAUAAACAAAACAAAGAUAAAAACAGAGUAAGAUACAUAUUUUUCCCCAACAUUCGUGGCGUCUUUGAACAGGUAAGCAAAAGUUUUGAUAAAAUAAAUAUAAAGCUAGCCCCAACCUAUAACAACUUGCAAAAAAGAAUCCGGAAGGCUGAACCUUGCAUAAAUAAACAACCAGACAAAUACAACACUACCGAAGUCGUCUAUAAAAUAUCUUGCACAUGCGAACUGCCAAAAGUAUACAUUGGAGAAACAAAACAAAAGUUAGAAACAAGAUUA